AUGGCGAGAUCCAGUGUCGCCGGCUUGGCGCCUUUCCUCCUCCUCCCUCUCAUCCAACCCUCCUUCGGCCUCUUCACCGGCGGCGGCCUCACCAUUCUGUCCCAAAACAACCUGGACGGCGCGGCCAACAACGGCUCUGCGGCCAUUUUGGUGCACCAGCCGUCGCCGUUCAGCGCCGCCGCCACGAGCUGCACGCUGCUCGGCGAGACACCUGUGGGCGCCUCGAAUGACCAUCUCCUCCAAAAUUUGGCCUACCAGGCGUACAGAGGCGCGGCCCACGACCAACAGUACUGGGUGGCCAAGGAGACGGCCGACUCGGACUCCUGCCGCUCCAUCAAUGCGGCGGGCAACGUCACGACCACCGACUGCUUGACGCCGCUGCCGAUCCUCUGCACGCAGUCGGCGCCCGUGUCCAACUCGUCGACGGCAGACACCGAAAAUGGCGCGGAAUGGCGCGUCGUGCAGUCGGUCAACGGCACGCUGCUGACGGGCUACCGCGACCUGCACGUGUGGAAGUUCCGGGGCGUGCGGUACGCGAAGCCGCCGGCGCGGUUCACGUAUGCCGAGAAGGCCGAAUUUGCCAUCCGCGACGAGCCCGUCCUCGCGGUCACGGCGGGCGCCGACUGCGUGCAGCCCAUUGGCGAGGUGCGCAGCGGCAGUAGCGAAGACUGCCUGUUUGCCAACGUGUGGACGCCGCACCUCCCGGCGAUGGGCGACGAGACGACAGCGGAGGCGACGAACGGCACAACAAACAGCACGACGGCCCUCCGUCCCGUGAUGCUGUACCUGUACGGCGGCGGCUUCACGUCCGGCUCGGGCAAAAACCCCAACACGGACGGCACGAACCUGGCGUCGCGCGGCGACGUCGUCGUGGUGUCGGUCAACUACCGCGUGGGCAACGCCGGGUUCCUGGCGUUUGACGACGGCGUGCACCGCGGCAACUACGCGCUGAGCGACAUGGUGGCGGCGCUCGAGUGGGUGCGCGACUAUGCGCGGUACUUUGGCGGCGACGCGUCGCGGGUGACGCUGUUUGGCGAGUCGGCCGGCGCGCAGGCCACGCACAUUCUGCUGGGGUCGCCCAAGGCGCGGGGGCUCUUCCACCGAGCCAUUCUGCAGUCGGACCCGCAGGGCUACCCGCGCAACGGGCGGUUUGCGUGGAUGCAGUACGACACGCCGGCAGCGAGUUUCCGGGGGCGGACGACCAAGGUGCUGGCCGAGGCGGGCUGCAGGGGGACAAACACCACGACGAACACGACCACGAACACGACCGCCGCCAUUGCCUGCCUCGCGCGGCUGUCCGGCUUUGCCCUGACCAACCUGACGACCAACGUCAACGGCGCCGUCGUGGACGGCGUCUACCUGACGGAGCCGUGGCUCGUCGUCAACGGGACGGGCCGCCACCCGAACCUGGCCGGCAACAUCAGCGUCAUGACGGGCGUCAACCGCGACGAGGCGGGCGUGCUGGUCGACGACUACCCGGGCAACGCCACCACCUUCGCGGCGUACCUGGCGGGCCCGGUCGGCACGCAUUUCGGGCUGCCCGCCAGCGCGACGGCCCAGACGGCCGCGGACGCCGCCGUCGCGUCUGCGUUUGGCGUCGCGGCCAACGCCACCGACCCGGCGCGCAUCUUCAACGCCAGCAUGGCCCUCGCCACCGACGGCGAGUUUACCUGCUACGACCUGGCCAAGGCGUACUCGGCCGCGCGGCACCGCACGUUCCGCGCGACGUACGCCUUCCAGUUCAACCGCACCUACCAGACCGCCGGCUACACCAAGCCCUGGUGCGUGCCGCCGGCGACGCCCGCGCGCGUCCACGGCGACCCGGACGCCGAGUACUACAAGUGCCACGCCGGCGAGCAGAUGGUCGUCUUUGGCACCGAGGCGCGCGCCGGGCGGCCCGACCGCGACGGCCUCGACGUGCCCUUUAUGCAGCUCGUCGUCGACUACUGGGCCGCGUUUGCGCGGACGGGUGACCCCAAUCCGCCGGCCGACUAUCUGGCCGUGCGCGGCCACGCGGCGACCCUCCAGCAGACGCGGGCCACGGGGCCCUGGACGCCCGUCGACGCCGCGGCCCCGACCGUGCGGCUGCUGCAGUGGAACGGCGCCCAGGUGCCGUUUGGCAAUGCAGACCGCUGCAAGGCGCUGGGCAUUCCCUUGGAUACACUGGAGACGUACAACAGGGCAUGA